AUUUUUUGAUAUCUAUGAUCGGUUUUCGUAUCUGGGUUUUUCUUCGAAUUGCAUUUUUUUUUAGUUUGUUCUUGGUUGUGGUUACUAUACUUGAUUCUUGGUUUCUUGAUAUCUAUGGUUCGGUUUGUAUUUAAGAUUUUUUUAUUUAAGUUAAAUGUGUGGAGAUGAAUAUGACUUAAUCUGCAGAUUUAAGGAGAAUGAGUGGAAAUGAAUGAAUGGACUAUGUGAUUUGGUUGUCGGGUCAUUUUGCUUUUGCCUUUUAUUUUGCCCUUUUAUCACGUAAAUCUAAUGGUCUAUGUUUGGAUUAUGAUACCCUUUUAGUAAGCAUUUUUUGUAGCAUUGUCCUUUUAUUUUUACUGAUUUUUUAUUUUCCUUCUUCAUUUUGGAAUGCUAGUACUGGAUCCAAUUUCCACUGCUACUUUUUGUAUUUUUUUUUUGUGUGCUUGUGUGUAAUAUAUAUAUAUAAUCUCUUCAAAUGAUAUAUUGCUGUGCUUCAGUUACCUAAAUGGAAGAUAUUGAAUGAGUUGAUUGGUCCUUCACCACUGAAUGGUUAUCUAUUUUGGUGAAGGUCAUGGUUUUGCUGAUUGGUUUGAUGUUGAAUUCAACCCUUUUCAUUUCUGUAAUAUUCUCCAGCUAAAGGUAUAUAGAGUAGAAUAGAAAUGCAGUAGCUCAAUUCAAUGAGCUAUAUUUGUAAUUUAGGUUCUGAGCUUUGUUUUAUGCACUUGCCUUGUCCUUUUACUUGACCAUGGCUUUUAUUUACUUUGUUCAUCUAUGUUUUUUUAAUUGAACUUGUUGUUUUCUCAUGUUAUGAUAUAAAAUGGGCAGAAGUGCGCAAUGGGGUUGGCAAAAGGAUAGUUAUUUCCAAAAGGAUCCAAAUUACGUCAUGUCUGAAGGUCUUUGGAAUGGAGUGGCUCAGAAUGAAGAAGAUAUUUCUUAUAUGUUUGAUGAGGAAACAACCCCAGUUAAGGCCUGCAUGGAUUUGGAAUACCAUGUUGACCAUAAAGAUACUAUGAACAAGGAAGUUGAAGAAUGUAGGGAGUCCUUUUCACAAAUGAAGAGGCGCCGGAUGCUACAGUUUACCAAUGAUGACUUUGAUAACUCCCUUCUCUAUGAUGAGAUUUCUUCCGUCUUCCUUAAAUUAAAUGUUCAUUUGCAAUAUCCCUCUACAUUGGAUUGUCAUACUAAAAGCAUUUUAUAA